GUUGAGCAAGGCGAGAGCUGGGUCUGUAGUCACAUGUGUACAGUGUGAAUCCUCUGACACUACCCACAAGCUGCAGCUAGAGCCGGCUUCAAUGACACGUUGCUUCAGGCACUGGGUUCAAUUGGUUUCCUGUGGAUUUGAGCCCAGAUAGCGGGAGAUCUGAUUGGUCCAUUGUUGGCCGACAGCAUUCUUCGGGCAGUCAUGGUGGAUCAUCUACCGUCCAAUAACAGCCACUUCCUGUCCCUGGCUCCAUCAGUGGGUUACCAUGGUGAUAAGAUGAUGGAGAGCAGCAAUUACCAGAUGUUACCAUCCCCUGUGUCUGAGGAUGAUAGUGACUGCUCGAGCUCACACUCCUGUUCCAGUCCUGACUCCUUGGUCCUAAGCUCCGGCUGUAACAGCUCAUCCAGCAACCAGAGUGGAGACAGCAUCAUCGAUUACCUGCUUUCCCAGGCUUCCAUGAGGAACUUCCCAACUCUGGGUUUGGACCAGAAGGCUGGCCAUCCCAUCAUCAAGGAGGAGGUUGUGGAAUUUCCCAGUUUUGGGGCAGUCAGGGAUGGGUUGGGGCCAUUCCAGCCGACACUGGAGGAAAUUGAAGAAUUCCUUGAGGAGAACAUGGAUGUGGAUUCAAAGGAUGAACCCAAAAGCGAAGUGACUGAGGAGACAAAUAGUGAUCUGGGAUCCACUGGCACGCUGCAGGGCAAAGGCCAGUUCAAAGUGCUCCCCAUGCAAGUCAAGUCUGAAACCAAAAGUGUGAGGAAUACUGAGGAGGCAUUGAAGGUUGGUGGAGCCAUCCCAGUCAUUCUUCAACUGCAACCGGUUGAGGUGAAGCAGGAGCAUGGCAGUACGGGUGCUCCACAUCCUCGAACGGACCUGAAGGUUGCCCAACUCCUCGUCAAUAUCCAAGGGCAAACCUUUACCCUAGUGCCUCAGUUUGUGCAGUCAGCCAACCUGAGCGCUUCCCGUCAGUAUGUGCGGAUUGCGCCGGUUCCUGUAGCUGCUAAGCCGAUGGCCGGAGUUAUGGACGGCUCCCAGGGCCAAGGCAACCUCCUCCUGAGGCACAAGUUUCCAAAAGGGACCCCAGCAGAGCUCCUGAAAAUGCACAAGUGCACAUUUCCCGGUUGCACCAAGAUGUACACCAAGAGCAGCCAUUUGAAAGCUCAUUUAAGGAGACACACAGGAGAGAAGCCGUUCGCCUGCACUUGGCCUGGGUGUGGCUGGAGGUUCUCAAGGUCCGAUGAACUAUCCAGACACCGACGAUCUCACUCUGGAGUCAAGCCGUACCAGUGUGCCAUCUGUGAGAAGAGGUUUGCUCGCAGUGACCACCUUUCCAAACAUGUCAAGGUCCAUCGCUUUCCCAGAACUGGUCGGACAGCUCGGCCUGCAAACUGACUGUCUGGAAUGCUGACCCAGCCCGGAAUGCUGACCCAGCCCGGAAUGCUGACCCAGCCCUAAGGGCUCCUGUGAAAACUGAAGGUGAACAAGGAACAGGGAGUGGGCUCGGAACCAGGAUAGAGAUGCACUGUUUUACUCAAGCCCAUUGCAAGGUGUCUGCACCUUGACCUUUUCCAAGUUAGGAUUGGCUGGUAAUUAACCCUUUGGUGUCAUAGCUGCGGAGAGGUGAUGGAUUUAUGAUGCCCAGCGCCAGUUACCAAACUUUAACCUCAAGCCACUGGCCUGGUCACACCGUGCAAAUCUUACAUCGAAGGGUGUCCAGCUGCUGUGUUCCUCACCGUCACUUUUCCUGUUAAUCUGCAUGGAAGCGUAUGGCCAUUUAAAGCCCUUUUGUUCCUUCUGAAACACAGGCAAGACUCCAUUUCACUGCCUGAGCUGUGGUUUGUGCAAGUGGCACUUCUCAAUGUAGACUGAAGGUUAUUUACUGGAUACUGUUUGCAACAUGUUGUCUAUGAAAUGUGUAAAUAAGCCAGCAAAAGUUCAUCCUUUCACAUUAUUUUAAAUGUGUGGCUUAUUGUCCUUUAUAGGAAAGCAAGCAUAUCUCAAAUUUAUAAGACUACAUGAAAAAGUAAGGCUGAAUAGGGGAGAGACUGAACAGAGAGCUCAAUCACCAAAGAUCCUCAGACAGCACCUUCCAAACCCAUGACCACUUCCAUCUAGAAGGACAAGGGCAGCAGAUACAUGGGAACUC